AAAGUGCAAAAUUAUAUGGGAUUCAAUUUUCAGUAUUAGAUAAUAAUUUUAUAAAUCCAUUUACAAUAUAUUGUUUUACCAACAUUGGGUAUUGUAAAUUAAUAUUAUAAUCAACCUCUCGUUAUUGACUUGUAUAAUUAAUAUUUCGAGUCAUAUAAUAUUUUUCUUUAAUUAAUACUUAUGAACCAUCUAUGAAACUGUUUUAUUCGUGGCGAUUCAUUUAAGUUUAUAUGUGCAUAAAGUUAUGGUUGUUGUGCAUAUGUCAAUUUGACUAAAAGUAUAAUUAAUCUGGUGUUUCAUUUGCAUUAAUUUAUUCCUAUGGCAUCUCCAGCACCGAAAUCACCAGAACAAUCUGAAAGAAAUAGAAAAUACGAUAGACAAUUAAGGUUAUGGGGCGAUCACGGUCAAGCUGCACUGGAAGGAGCGCAUGUUUGUAUCAUAAAUGCUACAGCCCUUGGGACAGAAAUUUUGAAAUCCUUAGUCUUACCAGGUAUUGGAGCAUUUACAAUUGUAGAUGGGAAAAAAGUUACCAAUGAAGACAUCGGAGCAAAUUUCUUUCUAGAAACAGACAGUGUAGGAAAAUCAAGAGCACAGGUAGCAACACAAAUGCUUUUGGAACUGAACUCAGAUGUUAGAGGUGACUACAUAGACGAGGAACCUGAUCAAAUUUUGUAUAAUAGUCCAGAUUUUUUCAAUAAUUUUACCGUUGUUGUGGCUACUUGUUUAGCUGAGAAAUCUUUAGUUCUUCUGUCACAAAAACUUUGGGAAUUAAAUAUACCUUUAAUAGUAUGCAGAACUAUAGGAUUCAUUGCAUACAUGAGAAUUCAAGUAAAGGAGCAUGUGGUCAUAGAAACACAUCCGGAUAAUGAGAUUCCAGAUUUACGUUUAGACAAACCAUUCGAGACACUAAAGAAGCAUAUUGAUUCUGUGAAUUUAGAUGAACUGAGUUUCAAAGAUCAUUCUCAUGUACCGUACUUAAUUGUGUUAUACAAAUUUUUAGAAAAAUGGAUUUUAAGCAAAGGGGAGUUACCAAAAAGUUACAAGGAGAAAAGUCAGUUAAAACAAAUGAUAAAAGAAGGAAUGAGAAGGGACGAGAAUGAUACUUCAAAUAGCGAGGAGAAUUUUGAAGAAGCUAUUAAAGCUGUUAACACAUGCGUAGGACGUACUGAAAUUCCAGAGAACGUAACGAAUGUUCUUAACGAUGAUCAGUGUAUUAAUUUAACAGCUAAGAGUAGUUCAUUUUGGAUUAUAGCUAAGGCAGUGAAAGAUUUUGUUCAGAAUGAAGGAGGCGGAUUAUUACCAUUGAAAGGCACUUUGCCUGAUAUGACAGCGGAUACGGAAAAGUAUAUAACACUUCAGCAAAUUUAUCACAAACAAGCGAUAGCUGACGCAGAAGCAGUAUGGCGACGAACGUUGCAAUUGUUACGACAAUUAGGAAAGUCGUCAGAUUCCAUUCCCGAAAGAGAUGUCAAAUUGUUUUGCAGACACGUUUUGAAUAUACACGUAGCAAGGGGGACGUGUAUUGCAGAUGAAUAUGAUUCUAAAAUAUUUGAUGCAAGCAAUAUAGUACAAUGUUUGGAAAAUCCAGAGAGUAUGAUGAUUUAUUAUGUCGUUCUUAGAGGAAUUGAGAAAUUUCAAACGGAAUAUAACUCGUAUCCUGGAGAGUUUGAUGAUCAAGUAGAACCUGAUAUAGUUAAGCUUAAAGCAUGCAUAACAAAGUUACUGAGUGAAUGGGGAUGUGGACCAUUGGUAAAAGAUGAUUACGUACACGAAUUUUGUCGAUUCGGUGGCGCAGAGUUACAUUCGGUAUCUGCAUUUUUAGGCGGCCUUGCAGCCCAAGAAGUCAUUAAAUUUGUUACAAAUCAAUAUAAACCAGUUCAUAAUACCUUUAUAUACGAUGCAGUGACAUCAAAUUCUGGAACAUUUUUCUUUUAAUUAAGUUAAAUAUUAAGUUAAUGAUAUAUUUCUGUGUAAAAUAAAAUAUACAUUUUUGUAAUUUAUGUGAUAAAUUUUGUUCAUUUUAUGACUGAUUAUAACAUAUAACCGUAAAAUUAAAAAACGUGGAAUGUGACUCGUAGAAAUGUGAUAUUAAAACUCAAGUUGAACGAGUAUAAUAUCAACACUUUAAUGUAAUAAUUAAUUGAUACACAAAUUAUUUUAUCCUUAUUUAUAAUAAUAAACCACUAUUAACCAUUACUUAUGACAAACUAUUGUUUUAAUUUAUAGUAAAUAUGUCUAAGGCAUAAAGCAAAUUAAUAUUUCAUGUCUUACAACUAAUAUUGUACAUAAAUAUUUUACCGGUGUUCUAGUCUCAAUGUAAUUUAACAAAACGAUGAAUUGUGCUUUGAUUUUUAAUUUCUUUGUUUUGUACAAUAUUAGUAUCUUAUAUUAUAUAUUGUUACACAGAUUAUAAAUUAAUAUAACAUAUUGAAUUAAUUAUUUGCUACAAUUAAGGAUACUAUAAUAUAAAAAUUUAAUAUUUCAUCUUUGCGUGAGCCACUUCAGUAUUUAUAAUCGAUGAUUAUUGAUUAUUUUAUUAUUUUUAACGUGACUUUUUUUCUAGCUAUAUCUUCGUUCGUAUUUAACAAUUAACGUUUUAUGUAAACUUUUUUACAAAGAUACCGAUACAGAAGUGGUUAGGCAAAAGUUUGACAAAAUGAUUUUAAUAAUAAUUAAAUAUACAUUUUGUACUGCGCGUACACAAUAAAUACAUAGAGACUUAAACUAAUAAAAGAUAUUGAGCCAUACGUAAUCAAGAACAUGAAGUGAAAUUCUACUUAAAAGAAACAGAUGAAAGAUUUUAAACGUAUCUAAUGUCUGGAGAUAUUACAGAGGAUUACAGAGUUAAUAAGUUCAUGAAUAAGUAAUUAAUUAGCAAAAGAAGAGAAAUACAACACUGAUAUCAAUAGGAGAACAUCUAUUCUUAGUGUUUGAGAGAAACACCGGUAUAGAAUUACAAUUUUUAUGACGUGCACUUGAAGGAUUUAGUCUAUUAAUUUUUUUAUUUGUUAAAAUUUGAGCCGUAUAGUUUGUUUAUUAGUUUCAAUUAUUAUUCCACAAUUUAUGAAAGCAACAAACACUUGUACAAUAAUAAAUGGCUUAAAAUUAUUCACAUAAUUAUUUUCAAAUCUUCACGUAUUUUCUUACAAAUUUAUUGAUUUGCAUGACACAUCAAUAUUUCUAUUGAUUAAUAAAAUUUUUUUUACAUAUUUUUGCAUAAGAAGCACAAUGAUAUUGUAACAAUAAAAAAAACAGUGAAAUUUAUAUAAAUUAAAUUCUCAAAUUUUUAUAAAUUGAAACAAUACUACUUUGAAUAAUAUAUAUAAUGUAUAUAUCGAAUAUAUAACUUUACUAUACGACUCCCUCAUGAUCAUUAUUAAGAUAGGUAUUGGAAGAUUUUUAUAAGUGCAGAAAGUUUUCAAGGCAUGAUCUCUUAAUGAGACCAACUAUACUUGUUAAAAGUAUUAUACUUGUUAAAAGUAUACUAAAUUUUUUUGUGAUAAAUCCUUGGUACAAGAAAUAUUAGUAAUCUGUUUAUACUGUUGAUAUUCUAGAGAACAAUUUCUAAUUUAUUAGGAAUAUUAAAGUCUUAGGCAAAAAUCAUAAUAUAGUAUAGAUAAAUUUUAAUAUGCAACAAAUGUUGACAUUCAUCAAAUUUGUGUAGAAAAAAAUUAUUACUUUUUUUCAUGCUGAGAAAGAAAGAGAAAGAGAGAAA